AUGGGCCCACUGUGUCCUGGUUUGAUGAUGAAUGCUGGCAAGCACAUGCAGCUAAACAGAAAGCAUACGAAGCGGCGCUGCACAGAAGGACCAGAGCUGCCAAUGAGCUCUACAUGCGGAAUAGAACAGAGGAACAUCAGAAGAAAAAAGAGGCAACACGAGAAAGAAGCGAUCGUGGAAAUAGAGGGAUGCUAUAACAGGAAUGAUGUUCGUAAGUUUUACCAGAAGGUAAAAAGAACAUCUCAGGGGUAUAAACCUAGAACUGAAGUCUGUAAAGACCAACAGGGAAACAUCGUAGUAGAGACGCAAACGAUGCUGAGAAUAUGGAAAGAUCACUUCUGCAAUCUCUACAAUGGCGAUGAUGAAGCCAACCCCGCCCAAAGACAGAUUGCACCAUUCAAUAUCGACGAUGAAGGCCAACAUUUCCGUCCCCCCGACCUGGGAGAAGUGAAGGCAGUCAUAUCCAAGCUUAAGUCAAACAAAACCGCUGGAGCUGCCGAACUAUUUAAAGCACCAGGAGAUGACCUGGUUAGGAGUAUGCACCAGCUCAACUGCCGAAUAUGGUCGGAGAGAAGCAUGCCCACAGAAUGGAAUCUCAGCAUCGUGCCCGAUCCUUAA